UUUUAUUUGACAGUUCUCCGUCGGCCGUGGCGUGAUUGAAACGGUCUCACAAUUUGUCAAUAUUCAUAAUUGCAGUGAAUAUACAAAGAACCAUAUUAUAAAUAUACGAUUUAAAUCUGUUUAUCCAGUGCUUGUUUGAAAACAUUUUACUGUGCUUUGUUCUCACUAUCCUUGAGUUAAAAGGAUUUUGUCGAAAUCAAGAGUAAGAUAUUACAAAGUUUCCUUCCUGAAUAUUCUUCGAUUUCACUUGAUCAGAAGAUUUUUAAAAACAUGGACGAGCGAACACGUAGUGCCAACUUAACCAACGCAAUGUCGAUCAAAUUUUUAUAAUUUAAAUAUUUUUACAAAACACUUCCAGAGUGUAAAAGCAAACAACCAGUAAAAUAUCUGUGAUUUUUAUACAAAUAAGAAUUUAAAGUGAUCUCUUUACAUUUUUAACUAAACCAGCCAAAAGGUGAAAUUAUAUCUGCAGUAUAUGUGAAAAAUCGAGAUUAAUCACCCCUCAAUCGUGGUAUACGCAUAAAAAGGACGUAACUCAUAAAUUUUCAUAUUUUAUUUUUUAAUAAAAAAAUAAAUAAAAGAAAAUGCCAGCAAUACUGUCAAAGAUCAGGGAGCAGGCGUCGCGGGUGCAGCCCACGGUGGCACUGGGGGUGGGGGUCGGGGUGGCGCUGGCCGCCUGCGCCCUCUACGGGACACGGGAGAAGAAACAACCUCCGCCCUGUCAGAACAACAAUAACUAUAAGGUGGCAAAGAAUGGCAAGCUGCACUGUGUAGAGGGAGGGGGGAAGGGGGGCGAGUGCGGGGCGGGGUGCGGGGAGCGGUGCGGGGCGGCACAGUGCGCCCUCUGCCGGGGCGAGGCGGAUACUGACAACAAGCAGAAUAUUGAAGAUGCAGACGACACGCCUCUGCCAGAAGCCCCCCAUACCCCGGGGCUCAACAUGGAGUUUGUCAAACAGAUCAUAUCCCUGGCCAAGAUCAUGGUGCCGGGAGUCCGCAGCCACGAGGCCGCCAUCUUGUUCUGCCACACCAUGUGUCUGUUCACGAGGACCUUCCUGAGUAUCUACGUGGCGUCGCUAGAGGGCUCUAUAGUGAAGCACAUAGUCCAGAAGGACAUGCGCAGCUUCGCCUCCCUACUCCUGCAGUGGUUCGGCAUCGCCGUGCCCGCCACCUUCAUCAACUCCAUGAUCCGCUACUUGGAGAGCAAGCUGGCACUCGCCUUCAGGACUCGGCUAGUGAACCACGCUUACGAGCUAUAUUUCAAGAACCAGACGUACUACAGGGUGUCCAACCUCGACGCCAGGAUAGAAAACGCGGACCACAGACUCACAGAAGACGUCUCAGUGUUCACUACAUCCGUGGCGCACCUGUACUCGUCGCUCACCAAGCCGUGCUUCGACCUGCUGCUAAUCGUGCUCACGCUGGCCACCUACUCCAACAAGAUGAAGGGGAACAUACUCAUGGGCCCAAGCAUAGCAACCGUCGUCAUCUGCCUAACCGGCCAGUUACUCCGCGUCCUCAGCCCCUCAUUCGGAGCCCUAGCGGGCGAGGAGGCGCGCAUGCGGGCCAACCUGCGCCACGUGCACGCCAGGCUCAUAGCGCACGCCGAGGAGGUGGCCUUCUACGGGGGGCACAAGGUUGAACUAGGCCAGCUACAAGACGCGUAUUCAGAACUGUGCGGCCAGAUGACUUCUGUCUUCAACAAGAAACUAUGGUACGUGAUGCUGGAGCAGUUCUUCAUGAAGUACGUGUGGUCCGGCACCGGCAUGGUGAUGCUGGCGCUGCCAAUCCUCACAGGAACUAGCUCAGGCUCCACAACGCAAGGCAUCAGUGACCGAGCUGAGUACAUGACGACAUCCAGAAACCUGCUCAACUCAGCUGCUGAUGCUAUAGAGAGACUCAUGUCCAGCUACAAGGAGAUAGUAACUCUAGCCGGCUACGCGGAACGAGUGUCCGACAUGUUGGUAGUGUUCUCCGAGGUCGCCAGAGGUCGCUGCGUGCGCGCCGUGCACGUGGCGCCCCCUGCCGGCGCAGCCUUCAGUGUUACCUUCAGGAAUGGAGAGCCUGUACCUAUGGGCAAGAUAAUCUACAGCGACGACCUGGCCAUCCGUCUCCGAAACGUGCCGAUAGUGACGCCGGCGUGCGACGUGGUGGCCGGCGGCGUCACGCUCGACAUCGAGCCGGGCAGCCAUCUGCUCAUCAUAGGGCCUAAUGGAUGCGGGAAGUCCAGUCUAUUCCGCAUAGUCUCCGGCCUGUGGCCCGUGCACGGGGGAACCCUGCAGGUCCCGCGGCCGUGCGCCUGCGCCGCCUGCGCCGACGAGGCGCCCGGCGCGCCGCCGUGUAGGCAGCGGCCCAUCAUGUUCUACCUGCCGCAGAGACCCUACAUGUCAAUGGGCUCCCUAAUCGACCAAGUGACCUACCCGGCCCGAGUGGCCCCAGGCGACACUGAAGCCGAGGCUCGAGCCUCCGCCAUCUUGGACCGCGUACAUUUAUCGGCGUGCGCGGCGCGGCACGGCGGGCUGCGAGUCACGAGGGACUGGAGGUCGACCCUUAGUGGGGGGGAGAAGCAGAGGAUGGCCAUGGCGAGGAUGUUCUACCAUAGGCCAGUCUACGCUCUACUAGACGAGUGCACCAGCGCCGUGUCCAUGGAGACGGAGGUGGUGAUGUACGAGGCGGCAGUGAGGGAGGGCAUCACCCUGCUGUCCAUCACGCACCGGCCUAGCGUGUGGAAAUACCACAAACACGUGCUAGAAUUCGACGGGGCGGGCAACUGGUCUUACCGCCCCCUGGACAAGGAGGCAUUUGCCGCCCCUCGCCCCCCACUAGCGCUGCCGGAGCCUAGCGGAGAAAAUUGAAACUAAAUACAGGAAUGUUGACUGUGAAUUGAGAAGUUUGUUCUACAUCGAUUGAAUGAGAAGAGAAGUAUUGGAGUUUUGAAGUUGUGGGUACGUAAGGACGCAAAGUUUACAUUCGCUUUAAGAUUUUUAUUGUUUUGUUUCCUUUUUUUAUAGCAAAUCAAAUACCCGCAAAUCUUGUACCUAUGUCUGUCAAAUUCCUGAAAAGGGAACCAUUCCUCAUGAGAUUGUUUUACUUUAAAGGUUGUUAAGUAAACUUUAUCAAAACAAAUCAUAGUUGUGAGAAUAUUAAUGAUUUUUAAAGAACAAAUUUUAAUAA